GACAUAUCAAUAUAGCAUUUCGACUUUGAAAAAAUAUUGUUUGCUCGUAUCAGUACCAAAAAAUGGAGGGUUUCACAUCGUUCUUCGACUCACAAUCAGCAUCUCGCAAUCGUUGGAGUUACAAUUGUCUCAAAAAUUUCAACCAGAUCUCUCCUAUCGUUCAAACUCAUCUCAAACAGGUCUACCUUACUCUAUGUUGUGCUUUAGUAGCAUCAGCUGCUGGGGCUUACCUUCACAUUCUUUGGAAUAUCGGUGGCGUCCUCACAACACUGGCUUGCUUGGGAAGCAUGGGGUGGCUUCUCUUAAGCCCUACUUAUCAAGAGCAAAAAAGGGUUGCUCUUCUGAUGGCAGCUGCGCUCUUUCAAGGCGCUUCAACGGGUCCUCUGAUUAAAGUGGGCAUUGACUUUGAUCCAAGCAUUGUGCUUGGUGCUUUUGUAGGUUGUGCUUUGGUUUUUGGUUGCUUUUCAGCUGCUGCCAUGGUGGCAAGGCGCAGGGAGUACUUGUACCUUGGGGGCUUUCUUUCUUCUGGUGUCUCCCUCCUCUUCUGGUUGUCCUUUGCGUCCUCCAUCUUUGGUGGUUCCAUGGCCCUUUUCAAGUUUGAGUUGUAUUUUGGGCUCUUGGUAUUCGUGGGCUACAUUGUCUUUGACACCCAACAAAUUAUUGAGAAGGCUCACUUGGGUGACAUGGACUACGUCAAGCAUGCAUUGACCCUCUUCGUAGAUUUUGCUGAUGUGUUUGUACGGAUUCUGAUCAUCAUGUUAAAGAAUGCAUCUGAGAAGGAAGAGGAGAAAAAGAAGAGGAGGAGAAACUAGAUCUGGUCAAUAGGCUACUGAAGCUCUACCUGUUUGAUUCACACACUUUUCCGUUCACCUCAAACAAGCAUGUUAAUAGUUUGACACUAGCUUUUGCUUAGGCUGUGAUACAAUGUUAUGUGAUGUGCCAUUAUCGCUGUGAUGGAACAUGUGGCUCUUUUAUGAACUUUUUAACUUUUGAUAAGAAAUUCCUUGUGAUAGAAUUGUAGGUGAUGCUUUAGUUUCUUUUUAAUCUCCUUUCUGUAUUCAUCCGUUCUGAGUGCGUUGUCAGUCUUGUGUACCACCCAAAGCUGGUUCCCUUUCUAAGGGGGAAUCCUGUAUAUUCUUUACCCGUCCCUGAUUUCUCUGUAUGUAGAAUGAGUUGGUGGAGA